GAUGGCCGGGCUCCUUGUGUCCCGGCCGCAGGAAGUGACUCGCAGCCGCUGCGGGGACUCUGGCUCCCGGCGAGAUCCCCGCGCCCCGGCGGCUGGUGCUGGGAGCCCGGAGCCCGGGCUGCAGCCGGGAGAGGGGAACCUCCAGCCGGGCCCUGCCCGCUGCUCCCCGGGAGCCUCUCCCAGGGCAGAGCCCCCAGCCCGGCCAGGGCCCCUUCCCGGCCCGGCCCCUGCCCCGGGGGGGCCCCGCUCGGAGGGAAGGCUGAGGAAUCACGUCCACGUUUCGCUCCAGAUCCUCCCGUCUUCCAGGGGACAGGGACGGGAAAUGGCUGUGAUGGAGCCAGCUCAGAUGCCGGUGACCUUCGAGGAGGUGGCUGUGUAUUUCACCCAGGGGCAGGGGGCUCUGCUGGACCCCGCUCAGAGAGCCCUCUACAGGAACGUCAUGCAGGAGAACUACGAGAUGGUGACCUCACUGGGAUUCCCCAUUCCCAAACCUGAGCUGAUCACCCAGCUGGAACGAGGGGAAGAGCCGUGGGUCCCGGAUCUCCAGGUCGCCAAGGAAAGGGAGAGCCCGAGAGGCACCCGCACAGCAGACGGUGAGAGAGUGAGUGUGAAUGAGGAGGACAACCAACAGCAGGAAGUUCCUGGGGAAGUGGAACCAUGGGGGAUCUUUCUGAGAAGAGCUGAAGGGAAUUUUUCCCAGUGCUUGGAACAGGGAGAAGCCUGGGGAAAUCGGGGCACGUCAGAAAAACAGCUGGGAAAAGUGACAAAAGUGGAUGAAUCCAUUCAUUGUGGGGCAGGAUGCAAGGAUCCUGAGGAAACCACAGUCCAGCAGACAAGUCACAAGGAAGAGAAACCCUGUAAAUGUCCCAAUAUUGAGAAUAGAUCUCAAAUGAGUACAAACCUUAUUUCUCAUUGGAGAAACCAUGCCGGAGAGAGACCUUAUAUAUGUCUUGAUUGUGGGAAAUGUUUCAAUCAGAAGUCAACGCUUGUUAGGCAUCAGACAGUCCACACAGGAGAAAAACUCCAUAAAUGCUCGGACUGUGGGAAAAGCUUCAAUAGAUGCUCAUACCUCGCAAUACAUCAGAGAAUCCACACGGGAUUCAGACCCUAUAAAUGCCUUGAAUGUGGGAAGUGUUUCAGUUGGAAGUCAAGCCUUAUUACACAUCAGAGAACCCAUACAGGAGAGAAGCCCCAUAAAUGCUUGGACUGUGGGAAAAGUUUCAUGCACAGAUCUGACCUUAUUAGACAUCAGAAAACCCACACAAGAGAGAAACCCCAUAAAUGCUUGGACUGUGGGAAAACGUUCACACAGAGAUCAACCCUUGUUGCACAUCAGAGAAUCCACACAGGAGAAAAACCCUUUAAAUGUUUGGACUGUGGGAAAUGCUUCAGCCAGAGUUCAUAUCUUACUUCACAUCAGCAAAUCCACACAGGAGAGAGAACCUAUAAAUGCCUCGACUGUGGGAAAUGUUUCAAUUGGCAGUCAUCAUUUAUUACACAUCAGAAGAUCCAUAGAGGAGAGAAACCCCAUAAAUGUUUGGACUGUGGGAAAAACUUCAGUAGCAGCUCAGACCUCGCUAAGCAUCACAGAACCCACACGGGAGAGAGACCCUACAAAUGCUUGAACUGUGGGAAAAGUUUCAAUAACAACUCAAACCUUCGUAAACAUGGGAAAAUCCACACUGGUGAGAGACCUUAUAAAUGCUUCGAUUGUGGGAAAUGUUUCAUUUGGAAGUCAAACCUUACCAGACAUCAGGGAGCUCACACAAGAGACAGGUCCCAUACCUGCUUGGAGUGUGGGAAAAGUUUCAUCCAGAGAUUGGACCUUACGCAACAUCAGACAAUGCACAAGAGACAGGAAACAUAAAUGCUUGGAUUGUGGAAAAAGUUACAUUAAGAGAGCAAACCGUAUUACACAUCAGAGAACCCACACAGGAGAAAAUCCCCAUACAUGCGUGGACUACCUAGGGCCAUUCACCCGUGUGGCUUCUCCGAUGUUCAGUAAGGUUUGAGCUCUACCUGAAGCUUUUUCAGUAAGAGCUCAAACCUUACUGAGCAUUGGAGAAGCCACAUGGGUGAGCGGCCCUAAAAAUAGCUUGGCUGCAGGAAAAGAUUCAAAUUGACUUCACGCUUCAGUGACCCACGCAACAGAAAGACCUGGAAUGUGGGGGAAGGUUCAUUUGGUGCUCCCGGAGUAUCAGGCAUCGGCAAAUCCGCACAGGGAAGAAACCUCUGAGAUGUUCUCAGUGUGGAAAAUGCUCCAAGUGGAGCUAACACCAUUUAGGACAUCAGAGACUCCUCCACACAGCAGGGAAAUUCUCUGAAUGCCCUGACUGGGGCCAUCCAUGGUCACAAACCCAUUUCCUCAUUUUCCGUACACAUCAGGGGCAUUCGGCUCCCAAGGAUGCAUCUGCCCCCUGCUGGGGUGAGGAUCCAGCAGCAGCCAAGCUUCAGCUGCUCAGUGACCCUCUGGCUCUGCCUGGUCCAAGCAGACCCCAGGAGAGGAAGAGAAGCCCUCAUCAGCCCCUUCUCCCUGCUGCAGGCCUGGCUGCUGAGCUGAUGGGCUACAGGUUGGAGAAGGGAGAGAGAAAAACUCCUCCAGCUGCUCCCUCUGCCUGGCAGAAGUUCCCCCCCAUCUCUCUUCCCCUCCCAGUCGGGAUCCCCCUGCCAUGGAGAUGAGAAGAAGGAUACUUGGGCCAGGCCCCACCUUCACUCUAGAACCCUGUCCCCACCCCACAUUUUCCACCAGCCCCUGGGCUGGGCUCCCCUACUGACCUGGAACUGUUCUCUGCAGGGGGAGUGUCCCUGAGGGCUGGUAACUCCUCCCCUCCCCAAAUGCCCCAGGGUGCUGGGCUCUGGGGGAUCAAAUAUUUAGGGACUAGGCCGAUGGGUUAUGGGGAGGACACUGGGGAUGGAAUGGUUGGGGCUGGUGGAGCUGGGAAGCAGGAGGAGCUGGGUGCUGGGGCUAUUGAGUGUUUGGGGAUGAUGGGAUAAGAGGCGAGGGAGAGCACAGGGGUAGAGAGGUGCUGCCUCUCCUCACUCACCCCCUCUGCCCCUACUCCCUGCCCCCGCUGCAUUCAGACAGCACCACUGAGAGGGGCUGAUUCCCACAGGGCCUUUUGUUGGAAGCUUGGAUUUCCCACCUCUGCCUCGCAGCGGCAGCGUCCAAGGGUCUGUCUAUGUUUGGGACUAGCUAGCACAUCUCUGAAACUCGACCAGAUUGCCAAAUCCAGACUGACCCUGACCAUUGAAUUUAUUCUGAUCUUGUGACAGUCUGUACCCCUAUGUUCACCCCUUUUACAAGACUAUGAUAAAUUGUAUACAAAGCCUGCCACAUGAGGUAUCAUUUGAAAACUGAUAAUAUGCUGAUCAUUAUUGUCCAGUUAGAAUAUGUGUGGCAGUAUGGUAUGUAAAGUUUUAAGAUUCUACUAGGGGCAGCCGCAAACCAGUUCCUCAGAGAUAAAAGUUGGUGGCCAUUGUUUGGCAGGAACCAGGGUGUGAUCGAGAAAUCUACAUUUUCACAAAGAAACAACUUGACAUUCCCAUCCACACCGACUUUGUCUCCCGAACCUCAGCCAGAUCAAAGGAGAAAGAGAACUAUAAGAAAGAGGACCAGACGUCCCCAAAUAUUCCUCCCUUUCUCUCUACCCACGGCAGCCACAACACCUGAAGAACAAAGAAACCGCUUUGAACCCGAGGGAGGGAUCCUGUCUGAAAGAGAUCCAGUCAGUGAAACUGCUGAAGAAUGUGGUGAGAGAGACUUUUGUUUUGAAUUCACUUAGCUCAUUAAGUUAGGUAUGAGUUGUGUUUUACUUUUAUUUUCUUGUAACCAAUUCUGACUGUUAUGCCUCAUUACUUAAACAAAUUACUUACUUAGAUUAUUUAAAAUCUUUCUGUAGUUAAUAAACUUGUUUUAUUGUUUAAA